GAUAGUGAUGUUGGUCCCUCCUCAUCUAGUGCAUCUACUGCGACUCCUCCCAAUGGCCGUAACGGAAGGAUGCUGACUCCAACCUCUGAUGAUGGCGAGUAUGUGGAGUACUCAUUUGAUAGUGUAUCAGACAUGCCUUACACCGAGGAAGACGAAGAUAGAAUGCUGAUGCAAGCAAUUCUUGAGUCUCUGAAGGAUCUAGAUAAGUCAAAUUCAAAGGACACUAAAACAGUUGCAUCCGAUGCUGUGUCCAAAGAAAGUAGUGUAGCAAAAGAUGACAAUCAUACAACUGAUGUAGCAACAUUGGAGACAGAUGCAUCCUCCAUCUAUGUCAGUGCCACUGAUGUUCCUGCCAAGGAUGUAGCAGCCUGCAACAGCGUAGCAAAGAAAGCUGAUGUGCAAAGUGCAGACUGCAGCGCUGCGACCUAUGCUGCUGUUUCUGUAAAUGCUGCUGGUGCAUCAGAAUCGAAUGGCUCAACUCAAGCCGUCAAUGGAAAAUCUGGUCCGGCAGAAUCCCAGAAAUCCAAGCAGAACUCCAGUGGAGAGGAUGGAACAAGAGCAACCCUGGUAGUCCAGAAGAGCCGGACAGGCAGCCUGAUGGACGGGUUGUCACAAAAAUGGGGUUCCUUCUUCAAGAACAAUGACUGAGCGUCUGAGCCAGACAAGUGGCAGUUGACGAUACACGGGUUUUGUGUGUUUAUAUAGUCCAUAGAAUUUCCUUUGGCCGGGCAUCACGCCCAGCUUGAUUGAUUUACCUGUAAAAUGAAAAAGGGAAAGGGAAAUACUGUACAAUUGCUUUUAGCGUGUUGGUGUAUAUAUAGAACUAGGAAAGGUAGCGAUCCCCUUGAUCAUGUAUCAUAUCUCAACACUUCGGCUUCCUGUGAAUUGUAGAUUCACGUUUCUUGGAGUGUGCUGUACUUCUUUUGAUGUGAUGCAGGGAAAGCAUGAUAUUUCUUGCA